AUGACUUGUAGUUUCUUGCUGGGAGGACAGCUUGGAAUUUUGUCCAAUCUUUUGGGUCAAUCAGCAGAGGAGAUGCUGCGAUUGUAUGAAUACUCGCAGGGUACCUACAAUCGAAGAACCAUGGAAGUCGAGACAAAUGAUCCGGGUGUAGUGACAAUACGAAGUUUCACGCUGGAUGAUCCUCCACCGCUCAAAUUGAGAAGGGAUGUUGGUGUUCCUCGUCUUCAGGACACAGCAGGGUUUUGGAAAAGGGUGAACAAGGAAUCGCCAGAAAAAGUUAGGAGACGAAUCGAAAAUGUCAAACACCUCACAACGAUCCAAAAGAGUCUUCUGCUAGAGCAAUAUGACCAAUACCAAGCAACCGCAAACCAAGAAAGUGCAUCAAACAAAGACUCAGUAAGAAACCAAGGAAAAGAGUCAAUACUGCCUCACUCGAAACCAGAUGCCGAUUUGGUUGGAAAUAGAAAUGUAACGAUACAACCGCUUUUCUCGUGGGAGAAAAUCGCGAUUGAGACUCGAGCAUGCCAAACACCCCAUCGAGGAAUUCCAAAACAUUGCUGUCCUGGGAGUUAUUCAGCAGGAGGAAGGCUGUUAUUUUUUGAAGGCGUUUGCAACUCGACAGAGCCAUAUGAAAUAGUCCAGGAGUAUGCAAUGGAGUAUUUGAAGAAACCCUAUUUGGCCAGAGAUAAAGAUGAUGAAUGUGAUGCUUGUUCCAUUGUCGAGACGCUCAUGGAACUGAACUUGACGCUCUCGUUUGUGGGAGAUUCACUCACUCGGCAAUCCAAUGCAGGCCUAGAGUGUGAGCUACUGCGGCGAGGCUACAUGGUUCGGUCCAAGAAAUCAUCAGUAACCAAACGUGAAGGCUGUUCAUGGCGUGAUUGUAUUGGUGAAUGGAUGGUGUUUACCGUGACCAACCCGACAAACAUGAAAACCGCAACAUUCAACCAUUUUGGCAUGUAUCGACCAGACCCUAGCAAUCUGGAUCUGAAAGAGAUUAUUUUGCCGCAUAGUGAUAUUGUCAUAUUCGAUCACGGUCUGCAUUGGAAACCAAAGGAACAGGCUAGAUUUGCAGAGGCCAUGACUAGAUACUUGCAAGGCUUCCAAGAUGCCAAUCUGACAAUGCUUGCAUGGCGAGAAACAUCGGCACAGCACAUUGAUUCGGAUGGAGGCCAUUACGGCUUGGAAGCAAAAUCAAAGAACUGUGUACCAAUACAUCCCGAUCACCAAGCUGGAUAUCGCAUGCCCAUUAUGCAACAAGCGGCUGAAAAUGCCGGAUUGCAAUGGAGAAGUCUCGCCGAACCAGACUUUUCGGCCCAAGACAAGGAGACAAACGAAAUUGUAUUUUUGCCCUUUCGAGAUUAUACAGUUCCGUUGCAUUACUUGCAUCCGAAUGAGUGCACUCACUAUUGUCACACGCCAUAUCUAUGGCUCCCACUGUGGCGAAGCUUACGAAUAGCACUGGAUCGAGCCGUAGCACCUGCCUCACACGACAACUAA